CCAAGGCAGCCAAGCCCCAACAGGGACCCAAGGCACCACAGAUUCCGCGCAAGCGACGCACAGCCAUGGCUGCAGCAGCCGGCCACGCCGACAGCAACAUGCCGGGCAGUCCCAAGAGGCCGGUUCCCCCUCCUGUGCCAGUUCAACGGGCAGAUGAAGAUGCACUCGCGUUUCUCGAGCGUCUCCAACAGUAUACGGAGACCACUGCCACCGAACUCCGCACAUGGGAGAAGGAGGAUGCCGCCCGACGGGAAGCCAUCCGACUCCAACAAGAAGCGGAACAGGCAGCACGUCAGAAGGCCGCUGCCGACUCUGCAUCAGCCGCACGGCUGCAGCAGGAGCAGCUCGAGGCAAGUCAGACUCAGGCUCGGUACCAGGCUGCCAUGAACCUUCUCAACGAAGAAGCCGCAUACGGCAGAGUACUUCGACAACAACACUUCCGAGCAGCUGAGGAACAAGAAGUACGGACCGAGGACGAGAGAAACAGGGAAACUACAGCAGUCUUGAUUGAGAACCUGCUGUACACGUGCAAUGGGCAGCAACGUGAACUGUUGGCUAUGCGGCCGGUCCUCAUCCGCCAUGAAGGCAUCUUCAAGGCAAUGGAUCAGAACAUCACUGCCCUGCAGGCCGACACUGGCAUGCUGCAGGCCGCCGACAGCCAACAGCAGGCCAUCAACGACCGAUUGCAGGACUCCGUCGAUGCCGGGAUGGCACGACUAUCCGCAGUUGAGUCAACUGGCGGUGCAGUUUCAGACGGCAGCCCAGCUUUGGCCGCGCAAGCCAAACAGCUCGAUGAGCGGAUCAAUCACAUCGUCGGAUCCCUUGGCGACAUCAGCAAGUUUGCCGGAACCUCGACAGUCAGCAGGCAAUUGAAGACGCUCAGCGAUUAAGUCCAGCAACGAGCAGCCGCCAAGGAAUGGAAGAUGCCGAACUUCAAGAUCGAGAAGUUCGACGAUUACCAUAAG